AUGGCCAUCCUCGCAAAGGCAUCUUCCCUGGCUUGCUUCCUCAUCGCCUGCCUCUUCUUCUCCUCCGUCAUCCAGGCACUUCCUGUCCCCGGCUCCAACACUCCAUCCGGAGUCUCCCCCAUGGCCUUGGCCGCCCGUUCACCGCGCGAGAUCCCCAACAGCGACGAAGAAAAGGGCCUACUGAACGGCCUUCUCGAAGCCAUCGGUCUCCCCAGCCUCUCCAAGCUCAGUCACUGGAAAGCCACCACGGAGCCUCAACCCUCCCACACCGAUGACUCGGACAAAGAUUCCGAUUCCGACAACGACAACGACGACGACGACGACGACGCCGCAAACACCCCAGCCGAAACAGAUUCGGACUCGGACUCGGACUCCGACCCCCACGCGCACGCCCACUCCUUCAUCCCGGAUUACUACAAGAACUUCAAGGACAACUGGACCCCGGCCAUCGACGACGGCAACAGCCUGACCCCAACCGUGGACUCCAUCGGCGAUGACAUUGAGAACGACGAAGACCUGGACAACAUCAACAACGGCCUGCUGCUCUCCCCGCCGGCGUCCACGUCCAACAACAACAACAGCAACAAGAACGAGGACCUCCCCAAGCCCACCGAGGACCCCCAGGGGUUCAUCAGCUCGCUCAAGCAGCGGCUCGAGGAUGUGCUGAAGGCGGCGUUCGAUAGUCGGGAUGAGUUGACUCUCUAG